AUGUGGAAGGAACUCGGCAAGUUCGGCAUGGGUCCGCCGUCUGGCGGCGGCGGCCAGCAGCCCGGAGGCGGCGGCCAGAGGCCUGCGUUCAGGCGCAACAACCCGUUGCUCUGGAUCCUGAUUAUCGGCGCGGUCCUCAUCUAUUCGCAGUACGACGGCUCGCUGUUCGGCAAUUUCGACCAGAGCCACGUCUCCCGCAUGACGCUGACGCCGGAGGAAAUCACCGGCGAAUUCGCGCUGAUCGACCACACCGGCGCGCCCCGCACCAACCAGGACUUCCUCGGCACCCACACGCUGAUCUAUUUCGGCUUCACUGGUGAUCGAGGACCUGGACGCGCAGGGCACGACGGUCAAGCCGCUUUCAUCACCGUCGAUCCGCAGCGCGACACGGUGGAAAAGCUCGCCGCCUAUGUCUCGGCGCUCGUUCCGGGGUCUGGUCGGCCUGACCGGUUCGGAGGAGGCGGUCGCCCGGGCGCUCGAGUCCUUCGGCAUCUACCGGCGCUCCCACGCUACAGGGCGGAGGACCCCGACUACACCGUGGACCACGCGGCGUUCUUCUACCUCAUGGGGCCGGACGGCAAGUUCAUCCAGUAUUACGAGCCGAGGCAGGGGCCGACCAAGCUCGCCAUCGAAAUCGAGCGGCAGCUGACGGGCUGA